UUUGAUUUUAUAUAGUUACUCCAUGAUGAUGAUGACUAGAUGGAGUUCCACUGAUAUGAAGAGAAGAAAUAGAAUAUUGGCUAAUAUGGUGCCAAUUCGUAAUUUAAGUUUACCUGAUUAUUAUGAAUAUGAAGAAGAAUACCAUCCAGUUUCAAGAGAGGCAACCAGAGGGGUCUGUAUACUCCUACGAAUAGACAGAUAUUUAUCUUCAAUUGGAAGGAGCAUUCAAGACCGUGAGGUUCUACGCGAUUUCUGCCAACGGUUACUCUUUCCCCAACGCGAGGCUGGGCACAGCUUUUCCGAAAUAUAUGAUGAUAUACGAGCGCAUGGGGUAGAAGCAAGUCGAUUGGGUCAGCCUCUAAGAGAUCUGUACGAUGAGAUGGAAAGGAACGGCGAGAUAGUAAAUAACGGCUCAAUCAUUAUCCCUGGAGGCGGCGGACCAGUAACAGAAAGCCCAUUGGAUCAAUUUGGAAUUCACCCAAUUCUGGAUCUGAAUAUUGGCAAGUACUAUGUCUCAUUCACAAAUCUAUCCUUGUCUAUGCUACUCACUCUCGGUUUGGUCCUACUUCUGGUUUUUGUUGUUACGAAAAAAGGAGGGGGAAAGUCAGUGCCAAAUGCAUUUCAAUCCUUGGUGGAGCUUAUUUAUGAUUUCGUGCCGAACCUGGUAAACGAACAAAUAGGUGGUCUUUCCGGAAAUGUGAAACACAAGUUUUUCCCUUGCAUCUCGGUCACUUUUACUUUUUCGUUAUUUCGUAAUCCCCAGGGUAUGAUACCCUUUAGCUUCACAGUGACAAGUCAUUUUCUCAUUACUUUGGCUCUUUCAUUUUCCAUUUUUAUAGGCAUUACGAUCGUUGGAUUUCAAAGACAUGGGCUUCAUUUUUUUAGCUUCUUAUUACCAGCGGGAGUCCCACUGCCAUUAGCACCUUUUUUAGUACUCCUUGAGCUAAUCUCUCAUUGUUUUCGUGCAUUAAGCUCAGGAAUACGUUUAUUUGCUAAUAUGAUGGCCGGUCAUAGUUCAGUAAAGAUUUUAAGUGGGUUUGCUUGGACUAUGCUAUUUCUGAAUAAUAUUUUCUAUUUCUUAGGAGAUCUUGGUCCCUUAUUUAUAGUUCUAGCAUUAACCGGUCUGGAAUUAGGUGUAGCUAUAUCACAAGCUCAUGUUUCUACGAUCUCAAUUUGUAUUUACUUGAAUGAUGCUACAAAUCUCCAUCAAAAUGAGUCAUUUCAUAAUUGCAUAAAAACGAGGAGCCAAUCAUAGAACUACAUAUGGUCUGAUACUACUAACUUCCUUGAAAAGUGGAAGAGUAGUUAUGUAGGCAGUUGCCGUUCCAGAAAUGUAGCGGUUGCUCGA